CGACCGUACUCGACAAGUUAUUCAGCGCCGCCUCCAUGCGGCGCUCUCGGCGGGCACAGAGCUCAGCCUCGGAGCCUCGGUGCUCCGACUGAAUUAAGAAUUAAGCCCCAAAUGUUCUCCCUAUGACGACCAUCGCAGCGCCAUCGAAGCUACACGCUAGCUAGCUAGCAAGAACGGGCUAGCUACAGCCAUAGCAUGCUGAGUUCGGACGUCACGCUAUCCAUAAGGAACCAUGUGCAGCUCCCUGAGUCCCAAACAUCUGAGCAGCCCCGGCCUGACAGACAUGCAGCAGUACCACCAGUGGCUGGCCAGUCGACAUGAAGCCAGCUUGUUGCCCAUGAAGGAAGACCUUGCUCUCUGGCUAACCAAUAUGCUUGGCCUGGAAAUCACCGGUGAGAGCUUCAUGGAACGCUUAGACAACGGCUUCCUCCUGUGCCAGCUGGCUGAGACUCUGCAGGAGAAGUUCAGGCAAAAUUGUGGAGACCUGCCUGCUCUCAACAACCGAAAGGUAGUUCCUUACCGAAGGAUCCCGUGCCGGCGGACUGCUCCCUCUGGCUCUUUCUUUGCCAGAGACAAUACGGCCAACUUCCUGUCUUGGUGUCGUGAGGUUGGAGUGGGGGAAACGUGCUUGUUUGAGUCUGAGGGUUUAGUUCUUCACAAGCAGCCUCGAGAAGUCUGCCUCUGUCUGUUAGAGUUGGGCCGGAUAGCAUCCAGAUACAACGUGGAGCCCCCUGCCCUGAUAAAACUAGAGAAAGAGAUCGAACAAGAAGCGAAGGCACCUUUACCUCCGCCGUCGCCCGCAUCUCCAGUUCAGCCCCUCCCUCCAUCCCCACCAUUGUCAACCUCCCCACCUCCCUCCCCAUCGCCGACCCCUCCCAGAGUCACCUCGAGCAAGAGGAGCACAGGGAAGCUGCUGGAUGAUGCUGUAAGACAUAUCGCUGAUGACCCCCCCUGCAGAUGUCCCAAUAAAUUCCAUGUGGAGAGGCAUUCACAAGGGCGAUACCGUGUUGGGGAGAAAAUGCUCUUUAUACGAAUGCUGCACAACAAACACGUGAUGGUGCGUGUGGGAGGAGGCUGGGAGACGUUUGAGAGCUACCUGCUCAAGCACGACCCGUGUCGCAUGCUCCAAAUCUCCCGCGUGGAGGGGAAGACGUCCCCCGUCGGCGGCAAAGACCUCAUCAAGGACCUGACGCCCGACAGCUACCUAGUGGUGGCAGCCAACUACCGCAGCAAAAAGUCAACACAGGAGACUGCUCCAUGAUGAAGACUGUAGCUGUGUGACAUUCACGUAGAGACAUUUAAAAGUCAUCAUUGCAAUAUAAUGAGUCAACUGGCUAUACGUGGUGUACAUUUCCUUGAAUAAUAUUAUAACCAAUUUAGUUUUAUAUGGCGGCACGGUGGACGUUAGAGCGUCUGCUUCACAGUUCUGAGGACCGGUGUUCAAUCCCCGGUCCCGCCUGUGUAGAGUUUGCAUGUUCUGCCUGUGCCUGCGUGGGUUUUCUCCGGGCACUCCGGUAUCCUCCCACAUCCCAAAAACAUGCAUGCUCGGUUAAUUGAAGACUCUAAAUUGCCCAUAGGUGUGAACGGUUGUUUGUUUGUAUGUGCCCUGCGAUUGGCUGGCGACCAGUUCAGGGUGUACCCCGCCUCCUGCCUGAUGAUAGCUGGGAUAGGCUCCAGCACUCCCGCGACCCUUGUGAGGAUAAGCAGCUCAGAAAUCGAUGGAUGGAUGGAUAGUUUUAUAUCUUUUGCACAUUAUUUUGCUGUUUUAGUUAUGUGUCUGAAUCUAUAGGACUGUAUCUUUAUUCUUAAAAAUGUAACUUCAUUGGACAUUUUAAACUAGUAAUUACAGUUUAUAUGAACUGAGUUUAUGCCCGUGGAUUCCAAAGUAUGUUUUGAUGAUUGACA